GUGGUGGAGAGGGGGGCGUUUCCAACAUGAGCAGCGCGCUGAUCUCAGUCAUUAGUGGUGUUUGGGCAUUGUAGAUGAAGGCGACCCACUUUCUCGGAGCUGUGUGCGUGAAACUGUGAACGGAUCCGCCUCAUUGAUCACAGACUGCGUCCAGAGAAGAAAACGGGCUGGAGAAUCAGAGCAGAACCCCGAGACAAAGCCUUGUGUCUGCGAUGGACCGGCCGGUGCGCUCUGGCACAGGAGGGAAGUAGAAACCUCCUGUAACGGACUGAGCUUCAGCUUAGAUAGGAUUAGAAGAAAAGUGUAAGAAUUGCCGCUGCCUUUCAUAUAAUAAAUUCUCGUGAAUGUAAACGUCGGUUUAAGAUAAAGCUGUAAAAGUGUUCGCGUUCCCCUGAUUCCACUACGCAGACCGCGCAAAUGCUGGAAUGGCUUGUGGCUCUCUGUGUUGCGAUCCUGGUGGGCUUUAUAUGGCCAGGCACCAAAUAUCUGUUUGGUCCCGAUGCUUUCCUUCAGAGACUGGGCGUUUUACAGCUGGCUGCCGGUGGCAGCGAGGAUGCCCGCUCGGUGUGCGAGGAGGGAGCUGACGGCACCGAUGAGAAAACACGCACCGUGGCGCUCAUAUGCAAACCCUCCGCGCUGGCCAAGUACCUCCAGAAGCACUGCAGGACCUUCUGUCGGUACUCUCCCUGUGGCGGCUGGACGUGGAGAGCCAGCGCCUUUCUGCAGAGCGCCUACGAGGCGUGCUGGCCGUGCGAGAGCCCGGUUCAGUUCGUGCGGGACAACCUGCAGCUUAUCGACGAUGGACUGGUGUCCCUGGACUGGGCUGUGCCGUCCUACCAGAGGAGACGCAGGACUUCCAGUCAUUCCACCAGCCCGGUUCUGCUCAUCAUCCCCAAUUCCUUCGGGAUGAUCACAAGGAAUGUGGUAAAGCUGUGUGAAUCGGCUCUGUCCCAUGGGUACCUCCCUGUGGUCUUCAACCGCCGCAGCCACAACGGCACUCCCCUAACAACUCUCAAAGUGCAGGAGUUUGGCGACCCUUCAGAUCUGCGAGAGGCAGUGCGCUACAUUCGCUACCGACAGCCCGCCGGAAGACUGUAUGCAGUGAGCGAGAGCUCGGGGUCGGGCCUCCUCUUGUCCUACCUGGGAGAGUGUGGAUCCUCCAGUUACGUGACGGCAGCGGUCUGCCUGUCCCCUGUGUUUCGCUGCCAGAGCUGGUUUGAGAAUGGGCUGUGCUGGCCCCUGCAGUGGGUUCUGGCGCUGUACCAGAAGAUAUGUCUCAGCAGGUACAGGACUGCGCUGGGGGACGUCAUUCACACCGACGUUCUGUUUUCUAGCUGUUCCCUGCGUGGCAUUGAGGAAGCCCUGUUCUGUCAGUCUGGAUAUGCUGGCUCUACAUCAAGGACCAACAGUGGCUGCAGUGCUUCAGGAGCUUGGGAUGCUUACUGGGAACGCAAUGAACCCUUACGAGAUGUUGAUGAAGUUGCUAUUCCUGUUCUGAGCGUGUGUGCUAAAGACGACCCUGUGCGUGGAGACGCCCAGUCCUCCCUACCCCUGGAGCUCUUUGAGACAAACCCACACUUUUUCCUCCUUCUGACAGACCAUGGAGGUCACUGUGGCUUCUCCACCCAGUCGGGAAGGAGUGCCAGUGGUGUGCCAAGUGCAGCCGGCUCUGUGGCUGCAACAAAUACAGUGGACAAUCAUCACACCAACUGGAGUCACAAAGUCAUGCUGGAAUUUUUCCGGGCGACCACGGACUUCUUUAAUGGUGAGGAGAGAGCUAAGCAGCUCGCUGCAAGGAGGAGGGGGCUGGGAGGGGCUGCAGGAGGGAGAUCCUUUCGUUAUCGCAGUGUCAGUACUUGUAAACAGGUGCCAGCAUGUUCCCAUAAUAUUCAUGCAAUUUAUAACUGGCAAAGAUCUUAUACUCGAUGAGUAAAACUGGAUGGAAAUAUUGGGAAUCCUUUGGAAUUUCGUAUCAUGGUUUUAUGCUCGAGGCUUGUAUAAAGGUUGAUGAAAGCUACAAAAUGUCUCAAAGCUGAUUUUCUUUUUGUCUAAAUCACCAUUAUUUGUCUGCUUUUGCUAAAAACUAUAUCUCCUUUUGCCUGAUGCAUCACAAUGACUUGCAUAUCCUUUGAAAAUUAUCGCAUCAUUGUUACAACUUCUCAUUAUGUCACCAUUUUAUAGUUUUGUGUUGGUACACACUAUAAACAAAACCCUAAAUAACUAACAGAACUGCAAGUCAAAACUGCACAGAAUGUCAGGUAUUACGUGCUCUCACACUCCUAUGAUGCUCAGCUAAAAACAUUGAGGAAACCAAAACAAGUGAGAAUUGGUGUGUGUGAUGUUCUCAAACUCUUAAUGAGCCUAAAGGCCACAGACCUAAAUGUUGUCAUGUUUAACAGAUAAAAUUCUAAAAACAAACUUAUUGUGUGUUUUUGCAGUGUUUUUUGUACAAAUUGUUUUUGACUUAUUUAAUGCCAUACUAGUUUUUUCACUAUUUAAUGAUUCAUAUUUAUACAUUCAUGUAGUAUGUUUCUUUUUACAGUUUUUCUGCUAUCCUGUGUGCACCUGUUGCUGUCUUAUUGUAUGUAAAAUAUAUUCAUUGAGAGUCAUGCCUGUGCUAAGGAAGGAAGAAAAUGAAAAAUAAAUUAUACGUAUUAGCUCAA